UCAUCUGUCCUGUCAGAGGAAAACAUCUCUCAACUAUGGCGUCCCCGCGUCCUGAGCAGGGACCUGAUAGCAACAUUGAUAUUGAUGCCAGACAAAAUGACGAGGGGAAGAAGGCCGGACCUAUCUCUUUUGGGUUUAACAAAACUAUAAAUAAGGCAAAAUCCAGCAAAGAAGAGGAGCGGGAUUUUUUGAUUGAAGUAGAGGGGAAAGAACUGAAAAGUACUAAGCCGGUGGAGAAACCAACAGAGCUGAUCAUCCCUUUGAUACGCAAAAACCGCUGGUACAAACAGGACGAUGCCAAACCCAGCGAAAAUGAUUCAAAGGAGAAUCCCGCAGUUCAGGAGCAAGACUCAGUUGAAUCUCAAGCUGUCAAAGAGCUAAUCGAAGAAUCCAGGAAGCUGCAGGAGCAGUGGAAAAAUGAUUCUCAAGCAGACCCCAAUAUGGCCAUUCCUCUGCUUAUGCAGAACCAGGCUCCAGAGGGUUUUGAAGAUGGAGACCUUGUCAAAGUGGACCUGCGGCCCGAGUCGUCCACAGAUGCGGACUACGAUCGGGUGCCAGUGGAGGCCUAUGGGAUGGCCAUGAUCCGAGGAAUGGGCUGGAAGGCAGGAGAGGGCAUCGGACGCACCUUCAAACAAGACAUAAAGCCCAUUGAGCACCAGCUGCGGCCCAGGGGUCUGGGUCUGGGGGCCGACCGCUCUUCCAUCCAGGACCUGGAGCCCGGCAAGCCCAAGCGCCCGCCCAAGCCCGGCGACGAGCGCAAGGAGGAGGAGCAGUUGGUGCUGGGGCCGGGCGGCUUCGUGCUGGUGCAGAGCGGCGCUCACAAGGAACUCUACGGCAAGAUCGAGGGGGUUGAUCCAGACAACGCGCGUGUGGUGGUGAAGCUGGCCAUCGGCGGCAGGGCGGCGACCAUCAGCCAGCACUCUCUGCGCCUCGUCACCCGCAAGGAGUACGACAAAAACAGCAAAGACCUCAGCCGCCUCGGCAAAGCCCACAAGGAAAAAGAGAAGGAGAAAGAGAAGGAGAGGGAGAAAGAAAAGGAGAAGGAGAAGGAGAGGGAGAGGGAGAGCGCACACGAACUGGGAAAUGGGAAAGACGACCGGGCGAAGGACAGACUGUCAGAGAGAGAUCGUGAACGAGACAGAGAGAGAGACAAAGACAAAGACAGAAGAAAGGACAGAGACAGAGACGACCGCAAGAGGAAGCAUCAGGAGUCGAGCUCCGAUCGGGACAAGCCCCAGCCCCCGAAGGAGUCACGGAUAGCCCCGCCCACCAUCACCUGGCUACAGAGAGACCUGACGGUGCGAUUCAUCGACAAGGCCUUUAAAGGGGGGCGCUACUACAACUCCAAGAUGAGAGUGGAAGACGUGUCGACCCCGUACACCUGUGUGUGUCGCACAGAGGAGGGGCGCCUGCUCGACGAUGUGAAGCAGGCAAUGCUGGAAACCAUAGUUCCGAAGAAGGACACCGACUACAUCAUGGUGGUGCUGGGACAACACAGGGGGCAGGUGGGCCGGAUUCUGAGGCGGGAUAAGGAGAAGUGUCGGGUCAUGGUGCAGCUGGACCGCUACGAGGAACAGGUGUUCACGAUGGACUACGACUCCAUCUGCCAUUACGUGGGCGGAGUGGACCACUGACGCGUCCCCACCCCCACUCUCUCACUGCGGACCCAUCCCUCCUCAUUCCCACUGCCUGCCAGCCCGGAGUGUGUGCCCAGACCACCACAGGAACUCCAUCACCAUCCACACCAGCUGCACCACCUGUCACCACACCACAGCACAGCACGCCCUUUCAGAUUCCCCCAGCCUCUUUCCUUGUUUUUAUAUGGUCUGUAAGAUGAUGCUAUAUUGAUGUUAUCAAGAUUUUUUUGCAAUAAAAAAAUAUCAUGUCAA